CUAUAUUUGUUAGGCUACAUCUCAUCAUUGGUGCUUUAAUUGAGAGAUUAGUGUGAGAUAAAAUUGUGAGAGUAUGGCCUAAGGAAGAACAAGGGUCCCGCAGCAACACAACGCUGCUCAGUCAAACGGGAUUGAGAUGGCCCUGAAUAACAUUGUCAACAUGAUGGUGAAUGUUAUGGAUAGGCUGGAGCAGGCCCUGCCCAGGCCCUUAUGGGUUCCUAGAAACAAAAAGGGGCAGCCGAGGCAGAUUCCCCAGAUGGCUGGAGGGGUUAUCAAUCCGAUUCUCGGAGAGCUACAUACACCUGAGGAGAUGGAGAGGGAGAGAGAAGCAGUCAGGAAAUGCCUGGAGAAAUUCGAGAGGCUCGGUGUUUCAGUGGAUGUCCGGGAGCGGAUCCCAAUGAGUGAAAGGUUGGGAAAGAACCCUGGAAAAGCCCGAGUAGGCUGGGAGCGACCGCAGCCCAGUCAGGUGGAAUCUUCUCACAGAGAGCAGCACCAGGGAGAGAAAGAUCGCAGAUCUGCAUCUUCUUCUUCUUAUUCGAUGCGGUACACAACGACCAGAUGGAGCGCGGCGGAAGAGGAUACCCCCUUGGCUCUGAUUUUCGAUGGGAGAAGACACGCGACGAGGAAAGCGAUAAACAACGACAAUUUAGAGUUCACCGAAGGUGACCUAAAGACAACUUCAGUGCCAUGGUCCAAAAAUUCCAUAGUUCAAUGGUUGUUUGUUGGUAUUAGCUCCAAAUUCGAGUUGUUCUUCAAUUUCUUCUUUGUUUAUGCUUGGUUUUUAUUUGGUGAUUGGAUUUUAGUAUUGUGUGAGAAGAAGAAGAAGAAGAAGAAGUCACCAGUCAACCAUCGUCGUCUCGUCGCCGUUCAAGCCUUUCAUUCGUGAGUUAGUUUCGUCACUUCGAGGUAAUCAGGUAAAAGAUGAACCUAGAGCCGAUCCCGGAAGGGCGAUGAGGACGAGGAGAUGUGGGUGGAGCUAAUGGAGGAUAUGGAACUUUUAAUUAUUAAUGAAUAACUUAAUACGUU